GGCGGGGCUCGGUGGCGGCUCAUCCCCCGGUGUCAUGGCGUCCUAACAGCAUCGGACUGAAUGAGAGCAAAAACAAGCCUUUUUGUCUCCGAGGCCCGACACGCUACCGCCCUUCCCGCAAGCCCACGUCGCGACCGAGGGGCUCGGCCUCGCUUUUCGCCACCCACGGCCGCCCUCCGGGAGCCAGAAUACACUUGACUUUCAGCAUUAAAUCUCCCGACGUGAACGGUGGAAGAUGGCCGACCCGGCGGAGUGCACCAUCAAAGUGAUGUGCCGUUUUAGACCGCUCAACAGCUCCGAGGUGACCAGAGGAGACAGAUACAUUCCCAAGUUCCAAGGGGAAGACACUGUUGUCAUCUCGAGCAAACCGUACAUGUUUGAUCGAGUUUUUCAGUCCAGCACAACACAGGAACAAGUCUACAAUGCCUGCGCCCAAAAGAUUGUAAAAGAUGUUCUGGAAGGAUACAAUGGAACAAUUUUUGCCUACGGCCAGACAUCCUCCGGAAAGACACACACCAUGGAGGGGAAUCUCCAUGACACAGAUUCAAUGGGAAUCAUCCCCAGGAUAGUUCAGGACAUCUUCAACUACAUCUAUUCUAUGGAUGAAAACCUGGAAUUUCAUAUCAAAGUGUCCUAUUUUGAAAUUUAUUUGGACAAGAUCCGGGACCUUUUGGAUGUGUCAAAGACCAAUCUGUCAGUUCACGAAGACAAAAACAGAGUACCCUAUGUCAAGGGCUGCACUGAGCGCUUUGUCUGCAGCCCGGAGGAGGUCAUGGACACCAUCGAUGAGGGCAAAUCCAACAGACAUGUAGCGGUCACAAACAUGAAUGAGCACAGCUCCAGGAGUCACAGUAUCUUCUUGAUCAACGUCAAGCAGGAGAACACUCAAACAGAGCAAAAGCUCAGCGGCAAGCUCUACCUUGUGGAUCUGGCCGGAAGUGAAAAGGUUAGUAAAACAGGAGCCGAGGGAGCUGUCCUGGACGAAGCAAAGAACAUCAAUAAGUCUCUGUCGUCCCUGGGGAAUGUCAUCUCGGCCCUGGCGGAAGGAACGGCCUACAUCCCAUACCGAGACAGCAAGAUGACCCGUAUCCUGCAGGACUCGCUGGGUGGUAACUGUCGAACCACUAUUGUCAUCUGCUGUUCACCUUCGUCUUACAACGAAGCUGAAACCAAAUCCACCCUCAUGUUUGGACAAAGAGCAAAGACCAUCAAGAACACUGUCACUGUGAACAUUGAGCUGACAGCAGAACAGUGGAAGCAGAAAUAUGAGCGGGAGAAAGAGAAGAACAAGACCCUCAGGAACACCAUCACCUGGCUGGAAAAUGAGCUCAACCGCUGGAGGAAUGGUGAGAGUGUGCCGGUGGAAGAGCAGUUCGACAAGGAGAAGGCCAACGCAGAGGUGCUGGCCCUGGACAACAUCAUCAACGACAAACCUGCGUCCACGCCCAACGUGCCUGGCAUCCGCCUUACCGACGUGGAGAAAGAUAAGUGUGAGGCCGAGUUGUCCAAGCUCUACAAGCAGCUGGAUGAUAAGGAUGAAGAGAUCAACCAGCAGAGCCAGCUGGCCGAGAAGCUGAAGCAGCAGAUGCUGGAUCAGGAGGAGCUCCUGGCCUCUUCACGCCGUGAUCACGAGAACCUCCAGGCCGAGCUGAACCGUCUGCAGGCGGAGAACGAGGCCUCCAAGGAGGAGGUGAAGGAGGUGCUGCAGGCACUGGAGGAGCUGGCUGUCAACUAUGACCAGAAGAGUCAGGAGGUGGAGGACAAGACCAAGGAGUUUGAAGUCAUCAGUGAGGAGCUGAGCCAGAAGUCGUCUAUCCUGUCAUCAUUGGACUCUGAGCUGCAGAAACUGAAGGAGAUGUCCAACCACCAGAAGAAGAGGGUCACCGAGAUGAUGUCAUCACUGCUCAAAGAUUUAGCUGAAAUUGGCAUUGCUGUAGGCAGCAAUGAUAUUAAGCAACACGAGGGCGGCAGCGGUCUGAUCGACGAGGAGUUCACAGUGGCACGCUUGUACAUCAGCAAGAUGAAGUCGGAGGUGAAAACAAUGGUGAAACGCUGCAAGCAGCUGGAGAGCACACAGUCCGAGAGCAACAAGAAGAUCGACGAGAACGAGAAGGAGCUGGCCGCCUGCCAGCUCCGUAUCUCCCAGCACGAGGCUAAAAUCAAGUCCCUGACUGAGUAUCUGCAGAACAUUGAGCAGAAGAAGAGGCAGCUGGAAGAGAAUGUGGACUCUCUAAAUGAGGAGUUGGUCAAACUCAGCGCUCAGGAGAAAGUCCAUGCUAUGGAGAAGGAGAAUGAGAUCCAGACUGCCAACGAAGUUAAGGAAGCCGUGGAGAAGCAGAUCCACUCUCACCGCGAGGCGCACCAAAAGCAGAUCAGCAGCUUGAGAGAUGAACUGGACAACAAGGAGAAGCUCAUCACCGAGCUGCAGGACUCGAAUCAGAAGAUUAUGUUGGAGCAGGAGAGGCUGAGAGUUGAGCACGAGAAGCUCAAAUCCACUGAUCAGGAGAAGAGUCGCAAGCUGCAUGAGCUCACGGUGAUGCAGGACAGGCGGGAGCAGGCCAGGCAGGACCUGAAAGGUCUGGAGGAGACAGUGGCCAAGGAGUUGCAGACCCUGCAUAACCUGAGGAAGCUUUUUGUCCAGGACUUGGCCACUCGAGUGAAAAAGAGUGCAGAGAUGGACUCUGACGACACUGGGGGCAGCGCGGCACAAAAGCAGAAAAUUUCCUUUCUUGAGAACAAUCUUGAACAGCUCACCAAGGUUCACAAACAGCUGGUGCGUGAUAAUGCAGACCUUCGGUGUGAGCUUCCUAAACUGGAAAAGCGCCUUCGUGCUACGGCUGAGCGGGUCAAGGCCCUGGAGUCUGCACUGAAGGAAGCCAAGGAGAACGCCGCCCGUGACCGCAAGCGCUACCAGCAGGAGGUGGACCGCAUCAAGGAGGCCGUCAGGGCCAAGAACAUGGCCAGGAGGGGACACUCGGCCCAGAUUGCUAAGCCCAUCCGGCCCGGCCAACAGCCGGUGGCAUCCCCCACUCACCCCAACAUGAACCGCAGUGGAGGAGGCUUCUACCAGAACAGCCAAACGGUGUCCAUCAGGGGCGGCGGUGGCAGCACCAAAACAGACAAGAACUGAAGAGCAAGCGAGACAGAAGGACACCACAGAAGAAGCCAAUAAUGACGAACCACCCCUCCCCUACCCUCAGAGAAGCCCGCAUCCCACCCGUGAAACCUGUCAUUCCAUUACAUCAUACAGGCUCCCCCGUCGCUGCUUUAGAGCUGCCAAGGAGUCCCUGAAUUAUAAAUAUAUAUAUAAAUAUAUAUUCUUGGCUGUACAGCUCCAACCAUCCACUUCCUGCUCCUCCCCUGACCCCCACCCAGCACCCUCCUACCAUGAGCCCCAACUUCCUCCCAUAGUAACACAAAAAAGGCAACAGUGAGUUUACAGACGCUAAUAAUUGUAUCCACUCAACCAACCAAACAGUCUUGAGCGCAGCCUUGGCGAGCGAAACUGCACGCGACUUGAAUGUGUAGCUUUCGUUUUUUUUUGUUUUUUUUUUUUAACUGUUUUCUUUUUGCACAUGUCUGUCAUCGUCGUGCGAGUAGUUUUGCACUGCCCAGAGCUGAAUGUAACGGUAGCAAAACCUGAAAAUAACAACAAAAAAAGACCAAAAAAAAAAACCCUCAUCCUGUCACGAGACAUAGCUCCACCCUUUUAGGCUAACCUUUGUACAUUUCAGCAUUAGCACCACACUUUUCUCAUGCUAGAUUUGACAUGCUUCUUUAAGGAGGACAGACUAUAAAUAUAUAUAUUACAGGAAAAAAAAGAAGUGGAAAUGGCUAGAUGGCAUUAAACACUACUGUUGUGUCCAGUCUUUGUUAUACAGAUGUAAAAUUGGCACUACUGCACACACUCUCCUGGUUGCACAGCUGGAUGGUGGGGAGGGGGUGUGGCUAUGGAGGGCGGGGCUUGAAAAAAAAAAACAACAAAACAAAGCCACGAUGUGCAACGGUGUACUGUAAAUGUAUUUAAGUCGAUACCUGUGGAGGCCAAUUGUUUUUAUUGUUAAGUUAAAUCUGUACUCAUUAGAAGGAUGUAAAGAGACCGUAGGAAGGAAGAGAAUGAUCCAGUCAACACUUUUUAAAAAGCCUGCUAUGCUACGGAACUCCAUGUGCUGUUUUUACCUCUUAACUGGUGGAUGGAUGCUAUUUAUAUCUGCACACACAGCAGUAGACUCGGGGGGCGUACGACACGCCCCAUUCAUCCUGUCCCAGCUGGGUCGCAAAGGUUUAAACUCCCCCGCUAUAAUAGAUGUGGCAAAUGUGUUUUUUCACCGGGUUUCAUGUACUGUAUCGCUUUCUGGCGGGGAGUGUGUGGGGGGGUCUUGUUGAUGAUUUCUACCCUUCGCUGCUGAUCAGCCAAUCAGGAAAGCAAGGUCGGGAAUUGCACAACAAUCUAUUGUCGUCUGAGGAAGGGUUGAUAUUUAACAAGUCAGAGAUGUAGGAAUUUUAAUUCAUGUGCUGUGUUAGCAUUAUUUUGUCCCCUGUUUUUUUUUGUUUUUUUUAAUACCAGCUUUGUUUUGUACCCAGUGAAGCCCCAGUGCGUUUGACUCAGAUCAUAGUUGUGAUUGUAACCCCAGCAUGAGGACAUAACACCAUGUACAAGUGCAAUAUAUACUGUAAAAUACACUGUAUAUCAGAUCAUGGGGGGCCCACACCCCUCUUUCUUACUUCUAAUAUUUAUGCACAGAUAAAACAUGAACUGGUUAUUUAAGGAGAAAACUGCGCUAAAUAUUGUCAGACUUGACAAUGCAAUGCAAAAUAUGAACCAAUAAAUAUGUCAACAUGGAAUAUAUAUUAAUCUAGCUUGAAGAAAGUGGGGGUCGGACAUUAGGGUUAACGGCACUUGUUCACAAAAUAAAAGCACUCCAUAUGUUUUUUGCCUAAUAAUUACAGGACAGUGUCUGGAUGUCAAUCUAGAUGGUUUAUUCCUUGUAACCUUAAUAAUAGUCUAGAAUAGUUCAAUCUUUACAGCAUGGACCUCAAUGUUUAUCCUUUCUUUCACCUCCCACCAAAACUGGAUAUGAAAUGGAAACAUAGUUCAAAAUAAAACAAGAAUAUAUAUGUGGCUCCCAUUGAACGUUGUUCAAAAUUCAUCGUUCUAAAUUAAAGAAAAAUGAGGUGUCGCCACUUUUUUUUAUUACUGUGUAAUAGCUGGUCAAGUUUUUAAGGGCAGGUGUUUUUUUUUUUUUUUCCUUGGGUGGACAAAGGUACUGGAUCAUUCCUGGCUAACCGGGGCACAAAUAAUGGGCUCUGACAUGGACGGACACGGGAUUGUUAAUGAGAUCAUGGUUUUGGAUUGACUGCAUGAUGUAAAUGUAUGUGUGAUUAAAUAAUUAUGAAUAAACAAUCUCUGUUUCUUU